AUGUUCUCCGCGGUUCCACGUGGUCCAGGCCUGCAGAGGAUCUACAACUCCACCAGCAGCCGCCUCGCCGAGCUGGAAAGGGCCUUGGACCUCAAAGAGAAGGAGCGCGAGGCUGCGUUGGAGAAGGAGCGGCUCAUGGCCGUCAAGUACAAGGAGCUGGAUAUAUUCAAGCUGGACAUCAUCGCUCGUGAGCUCAAGGCACUGGACAACGAGCUCGGCCGAGUGGGCAGCGGUGUGAAGUCUUUAAGUCAGGACUCCAGCCGCCUAAGGAACUACGACGAGCAGCAGAUGGUCAGCCAGCACAGCAACAACCUCCUAGAUCAGUGCAAACUUCUGCGAGCACACAUCCGAGAUGUCAUCAACAAGUGCCUCUCCGAAACGCAGAAAAUGCAACUUGGCAUGUGGAGUACGGCCAUGUUUUGCGAAGCUGGGAACUCGAAGAUACGAUGUUCAGACUCCAAGCUCGGACGAGCCAUGGCCGCAUGUGCUCGAGCACCUGCACAGUAA